AUGAAUCAAUUCUCUAAUUACUUAUUACAAUACUAAACAAAAAAAGUGUUUUCAAUCUACUAACAUUAAUAUAACAGUAAAUCCCCUUAAGUAAGAAAGUAAUUUCAUACAAAUAUCAAUCCUAAAUGCAGUCCAAAAGAAUAAAAAUAAAUAACUUAAUUUAAAUGUUAAGAUUAUUAAUUAAAAAAUUAAUUACAACCUAUUAUAUUAUCUCCAUCAACCUAAAAAACAAAUAAUACAAAUAAAAUAAAAGGAAAAGAAAAUAAUAAUAAUUAAUUAAAUGUAAAUAAUAUUUUUUAACCUUCCAUAACAUCUAUUCAAUUAAAAAGUCCUUAAAAUUUCAGACAAAAUCCAUAUAAUGUUAAAUAACCAACACCUGAAUUUUAAAGUAAGUAGUAAACUUAAGUAUUGAGAUUAUCAAAUUCAAGAUUAAAUUUCCGAUUUGUAAUUUCAAAACAAGAAUCAUAAGAAUAAGACUCAAAUAUAGAAUAUUUAAAUUAAUAAGUCAAUUAUGAAUCAUCUUAGUAAUCUCCAAUAGAUUUUUCAAAAAAUGAUGAUUUACUAUGUGAUUCAUUUAGAAAAUCAAGAUCUUUCAAUAUAUAAGCAUUUGAUAGUACAGAAUUAGAGAAAACUUACAAUUAAUAAAAUAAUAUAAUAGGAUCUUCUAAGAAUGAUAUUAUAAAUAAAAAGAAAUUCUCUCAGCCUACAAUAUAAACUGAAGGUACUCAAAGAACAAUGGAAGAUGAUAGUAUUAUUAAAGUAUAGACAAUGAAAUAAGUAAAAACUAUUGGGGGUUAUUAGAAUAUUGAUAUUUAAAGUAUGUAAUUAAGAACUGAAUUUACUGAUAUUGUAAUAAAGAUGAGUAUUCUAUUUAGGAUUCUUAAAGAAGUAAAAGUACUUUUUGUGAUGAAAGAGUAAGAAAUUGUAGUAGUUUUAGAAAUAAUGUUGUGACUCCUAGAAAAAUGUAAUAAAAUUAAAUAAGUAUAUAUAUUUAUUAAAAUUAAGGUUUUUUAAUGUAUAAGAAUAGAUUGGAAAGAAAAUAAUGA